UGCGUGUGGCGCGGGGCGGGGCGCGGCUGGUGCGCCUCAGGAGCGAUGGCGGCGGCCUGAACUCACCUAGUACGGCUGCGGCGUUCGGGCCUGGUCAGGGUCGGGAUUCUAUUUGCAGGUCUGGACUGGGCCGUGACCUCUGGGCUCGCUAUUCCAGCCUGGUGUAUCUUCUGGAUCCAUGGCCAGCUACUGGCUCCUGCAGACCGGAUGAAGCAGGCUAGAGACACAAGUGGAGAAAGCUGCCAGCUGGCAAAUUCUCAGAGUGUGGCCCUCUGGCUACUGGCCCUGCCCAGCCUGCCUCAUGGAGAGGAUGAACUGGUUGAGCAGAUUGGCCUCCCGGGGCCCUGGGCACCGUGUACCUCAGGGGUCCAGUCUGCAGGCCCCUGUCAUGGCUGACCCUGAGACCUGCCUCAUGGUCUUCAAGAAUCACUGGUCCCAGGUAGUGCGAAUCCUGGAGCGGCAAGGCCCUCGGGCAGCUUCUGGGGGUGCAGAUGAUCUCAGUGCUGUACGCAACCACACUUACCAGAUGUUGACACUGCUGGUAGAAGAUCGUGUGGUCCCCUCAGCCCCCACGACCCCUGGGCCCUUGCUGGAGUUCGCUUUGCGUGAGGACCUGCUAACCCGUGUGUUGGUUUGGCAGCUUCAAUGGGAUGAGCUUGGGGAUGGGGUUGAGGAACGGCGGGCUGAGCAACUGAAGCUGUUUGAGAUGCUAGUGAGUGAAGCUCGCCAGCCACUAUUGCGACACGGUCCAGUUCGUGAGGCUCUGCUGACCUUGCUGGAUGCCUGUGGCCGUCCUGUGCCCAGUAGCCCAGCACUGGAUGAAGGCCUGGUGCUACUUCUCAGCCAGCUGUGUGUGUGUCUGGCCCGGGAACCUUCAUUGCUCGAGUUCUUCCUGCAGCCACCUCCUGAGCCUGGAGCUGCCCCCCGCCUUCUCCUCUUUUCUCGCCUUGUUCCCUUCGUCCAUCGGGAGGGCACGCUGGGCCAGCAGGCCCGUGAUGCCCUACUCCUGCUCAUGGCUCUGUCGGCCGGGAGUCCCACUGUGGGCCGCUACAUUGCAGAUCACUCUUACUUCUGCCCGGUGCUGGCCACAGGGCUGAGUGCCCUGUACUCCUCACUGCCCCGCAAGAUUGAGGUUCCAGGGGAUGAUUGGCACUGCCUGCGACGGGAGGAUUGGCUGGGAGUGCCAGCCCUUGCGCUCUUCAUGAGUUCCCUAGAAUUCUGCAAUGCAGUCAUUCAGGUGGCUCACCCUUUGGUGCAGAAGCAGCUAGUUGAUUAUAUCCAUAAUGGGUUCUUGGUGCCUGUCAUGGGCCCUGCCCUGCAUAAGACCUCUGUGGAGGAGAUGAUCGCCAGUACCGCCUAUCUGGAGCUUUUCCUACGGAGUAUCUCAGAGCCUGCUUUGCUCCGUACCUUCCUGCGAUUCCUGCUGUUACACCGGCAUGACACCCACACCAUCCUUGACACCCUCGUUGCCCGUAUUGGCAGCAACUCCCGGCUCUGCAUGGUCUCUCUGAGUCUCUUCAGGACCCUACUGAACCUCAGCUGUGAGGAUGUCCUGCUGCAGCUGGUUCUCAGGUAUCUCGUCCCGUGUAACCAUGUGAUGCUGAGCCAGAAGCCAGCUGUACGUGAUGUGGACCUAUAUGGACGAGCUGCAGACAAGUUUCUCUCCCUUAUCCCACGCUGUUGUCGGCAUCGUGCCCCUAGCCCACCCCGUCCAGAGCAUGCCUCAUGGGCACGAGGUGGGCCUAGCAGAGAGGCAGGGAGAAGGGAGGACACAACGGGCCCUGGAAGCCCAAGUGUUGACUCCUCUUCUGUGGUGACAGUGCCCCGGCCCUCCACACCGUCUCGUCUGGCCCUCUUCCUGCGACAGCAGAGUCUGGGUGGCUCGGAAUCCCCAGCUCCAGCCCCUCGCUCACCAGGGCUUGCUGCAUCCCCAGCCUCCAGCCCUGGCCGACGGCCCAGCUCUGUGGAGGAGCCUGGUGAGCUGGAAGACAAUUACCUGGAGUAUCUGCGUGAGGCGCGCCGUGGUGUGGACCGGUGUGUCCGAGCCUGCCGUACCUGGUCUGCCCCCUAUGAUGGCGAGCGGCCCCCUCCUGAGCCUAGUCCUGUUGGCUCCCGGACUAAGAAACGCAGCCUACUGCCUGAGGAGGACAGGGACAAUGUGGGGGAAGGGGAGGAGGAAGAGCUGGGGAGUGGAGGGCUUUCUGGGGGUAUAGGGGAGGGCCCUGGCCACCUGCCCCCUCCCCAGCUCAAUGGGGUGCCAGGACCAUGGCCUGAGGGGGCCAAGAAGGUUCGUCGGGUGCCCCAGGAGGGGCCUGGGGAACUGCCAGAGAGCACCUCCGAGGGCAUGGCAGGACUAGAGGGCUUUGGGCAGGAGCUCCGGGAACUGGAGGUGGCAUUAAGCAAUGGGGGGGCUGGCUCAGAACCCCCGCUAGAGCCUCCACUACCUCUUGAGGAGGAGGAGGCCUAUGAGAGCUUCACCUGUCCCCCUGAGCCCCCUGGCCCCUUCCUCAGCAGCCCAUUGCGGACGCUCAACCAGCUGCCAAGCCAGCCCUUCACUGGCCCCUUCAUGGCUGUGCUCUUUGCCAAACUCGAGAACAUGCUGCAGAACUCCGUCUAUGUCAACUUCCUGCUGACGGGGCUGGUGGCCCAGCUGGCCUGUCACCCCCAGCCCCUGCUCCGCUCUUUCCUGCUCAACACCAACAUGGUCUUCCAGCCCAGUGUCAAGUCCCUGCUGCAGGUGCUGGGUUCUGUGAAGAAUAAAAUUGAGAGCUUUGCGGCCUCCCAGGAGGACUUCCCAGCACUGCUAUCCAAAGCCAAGAAGUACCUCAUUGCCCGUGGCAAGUUGGACUGGGCCGAGGGCCCUGCAGCAGGACCUACCCCCCGCCGCUCCGAUCCCCUAGUGAAGAGCCGGAGGCCAUCCUUGGGGGAGUUGCUCCUGCGGCAUGCACACAGUCCAACCAGGGCCCGGCAGGCGGCACAGUUGGUUCUUCAGCCUGGGAGAGACGGCGCAGGACUUGGCCUAGGUGGGGGCUCCCCUGGGGCUUCAACUCCGGUUCUACCCCCUCGGGGUGGGGCCCCUGAGCGCCAAGAGAUCUCAACCUGGUGUUUGCUGGAGAAGAAGAGUGUUUUUUCCUCAGAGAAGAACCACUCUGGAGAGCCUUUCUAGUAGCUACUCUCUGACUCUGCCUCUUAUCUGUCUAAAGAGUCUUCUCUUGAGUCCCUGUUGAGAGUCUCCUGCAUGCCUAGGAAGACCACUUCUGUAUGGGGAGCAUCCUUUCCUAUGCUGGCCCAGCAUGUAGAGCUGUCCCAUAAAGUCGGUCAUCGUCUGAGCUGGCUGAGGUAUGAAUAUGAGGCACAGGGAAUGGUCCUACAUGAUGUUACUGGCCUCAGGGUAGGUUAGAGCUAAGGGUAUAUAUAUAUAUAUGGGUGCUCGGUCUUUAAACAAAGGUUUGGCCCUGGGCAUGGGACUGCGCUCCAGGAGAGGAAUUAAUAUCAAAUAUCCCAUGUUAGAAGCUAUGCCAAACACUCUGAAUCUGUUAUGUUGGUUAAUCCUUUUAGUAACCUCUUGAAGUAGGUACUAUUAUUUCCUCAUUUUACAAGUGAAUUAAAAGGCUCAGAGAGGUUAAGUAAAUUAGUGCAAGGGAUACACUGAGUUAAUGGAGGAUCUGGGAUUCAAGCCUAAGUCAGCCUGAUUCCAGCUUUUUUUUUUUUUUUUAAUUUUUUUUUUUAAUGUUUGUUUAUUUUUUGAGACAGAGAGA